UGGAUGAAUUUGAAUUGAAAAGUCAUUAUAGGAAAGAUCAUGAUUUCAGAACUGGAAAAAAAACUUUUAAUUGCUCAAUAAAAAAAAAGGUUUCCUCACGAAAAAGAGCUCUGAAUACAGAAACUAUAAGUGACUUUACCUGCCAACAGUGUGGAAAAUGUUUCACCCGAAAAGCAAGCCUUAAUGUCCACAUGAGAAUUCACACUGGAGAGAAGCCCUUUCACCUGCCAACAGUGUGGAAAGAUUUUCAGACUAAAACAAAACCUUGAUGUCCAUAUGAGAGUUCACACUGGAGAGAAGCCUUACACCUGCCAACAGUGUGAAAAGAGUUUCACUCAAAAAUCAAACCUCAACAUCCACAUGAGAAUUCACACUGGAGAAAACCCAUUCACCUGCCAACAGUGUGGAAAGAUUUUCAGUCAAAAACGAAACCUUGUAGUCCACAUGAGAGUUCACACUGGAGAGAAGCCUUUCACCUGCCAACAGUGUGGAAACAGUUUCACUCAUAAAUCAAGCCUUAAUGUCCACAUGAGAGUUCACACUGGAGAAAACCCAUUCACCUGCCAACAGUGUGGAAAGAUUUUCAGUCGAAAACGAAACCUUGAAGUCCACAUGAGAAUUCACACUGGAGAAAACAUAUUCACCUGCCAACAGUGUGGAAAGAUUUUCAAUCAAAAACUAAACCUUGAAGUCCACAUGAGAGUUCACACUGGAGAGAAGCCUUUUACCUGCCAACAGUGUGGAAUCAGUUUCACUCAAAAAUCAAACCUUAAUGUCCACAUGAGAGUUCACACUGGAGAAAACCCAUUCACUUGCCAACAGUGUGGAAAGAAUUUCAGUCAAAAACGAAACCUUGAGGUACACAUGAGAAUUCACACUGGAGAGAAGCCUUUUACCUGCAGUCUGUGUGGGAAGAGCUUCACACAAAAACAAAAUCUACAGAUUCACAUGAGAACUCACACUGGAGAGAAGAACGUUCACGUGAUCAGUGUGGAAAGAGUUUCAGAUGUAAAAUAACUCUUAAAACACACAUGAGCACUCACUCAAGAGAGAACCGUUUUAUAUGUCAUCAGUGUGGAAAUAGCUUCACAAACAGUAAACACCUAAAGAAAUAUGUACUAACUCAUGCCGGAGAGAAGCCUCACAAGUGCCUUCACUGUGGAAUGACAUGCUUAAGCAAUGCAAGCCUUGAUAUUCACAUGAGACACAAGUCACAAUGGAGAGAAGCCUUUC